AUGACUACCUCAAACAAGAAGACAUCAGUGGUAAACUCCUUGGCCAAAAUAUUUGACCCAAAUGCUUUACAGAGCCAGCGUCUUCCUAAUGAAGAGGAACCCUCUCCUGGUUGCCCAUUAAUAAGGGAAGAUGUCAAUAGCCCUGAAAUCAUGAGUGGGCUGGAUGCGAAGGUUGCUUCCUUGGAUCAGAAGAUAAACAUAUUGUUGACAGUGCAGGACAAUGUUCUUCAGAAGCUGGAUUGUGUUUCUCAAGAAAUAUCUUCAAUGGGAAAUAACAUUGACCUCUUGAAGGGAAAAGACAAAAACUCUGGAGUAUCCACUGCAACACCCGAAAAAUUAGAUGUGAAUGUAUUGUGCAUAGAAAUUAAUGAAAAGCUCUCUGAUAUGACGAAGAAUGCGGAACAACAAGCCAAAAGGUUAGAUGGACUGGAGCAUGUUGUGAUGGGUGUGCAUCAGCUUCUUGGUUCUUUGGUAGAAAAAUUAAAGACUUCUUCAAUUGUGGAUCUAAUGCGCAGAAAUGAAUCUCCUCGUAAGCUCCUUAGAGUUGGUGGUUAUUUGAGAAAAGAUAAAUCGGGAAAUCUUUUCCGCAUGCAGACAUUCUCAGACAAAAAAGAAAGCUUGUUCUGCAAAUGGAAUGAAAAGGAAAAGUCGUGUCUGACUGCAAAGGGAAUAAAACCUAUAAGCAAAAAGAAGAAACCUCCUGAUUCCUCAGAAGAAUCUGAUGACACAGAAAAGAUUCAUAAGCUCAACAAAGAGAAUGCUGAAAAGGCCAGUCCAUUUUUUGUUCAGAGAAGUUCCUCCAAAUCUCUUAGUCAUGAAUUAAAGGAAAAGUCAGUGGCAAGCCACUGGAAACCCCCUCUUCAGAAGACCGCAGAAAAAAGCCAGGCAGAAGAUAAUUCUAAGGAAACUCAUAAUAAACAAAGCGGCCAUGAUACAAAGGGCAUUGGAAAGAAGACUGAAGAGUGCAGAGGAAGCUCAGAAGGAUUGGGAAAAGAUGUUGAAGGAACAGAUAGCAGCAGCGAUAAAGAAAGGAAAGCACUGGAAACUACACCUGAAAGUGAAGAUGCAUCAGAAGCUGUUGGUCCAUCAAAGAGCCAGGAUCAAGAUGUGGAGCAUAAAGACUGUGGAAAGACCUCAUUUCUUCUGAAGGAUGAACAAGGCAUUAGCAGUAAGCGUCGUGUGAAUGAUGACAAAAUUGCCAAAGAUAUCAACAAAAAGAGCAGGGUAGAUAUGACAAAAAUCAGUGGCGGACACAAACCUAAAGAAGCAAUUAAACCAUGUAAGGUAGAGCCUAGUGUGUCAGACAAAAAAGGGGAGUGUGGUUCUGAAUCCAAGAUGAAGGAACAGCAUCAAGAAACAUCCAUAGAAGAGACUUGUAUAAUAGAUGAUAGCCCUCCACCUCCAGCCCCUUUUGACCAUAGGAUUGUCUCAGCAAAAAGGAUGGGGAUCAAUAGCUAUUAUCAUGUUUACAAGGGUGAAGUUUUGGGAGGGGGACGAUUUGGUCAAGUGCAUAAAUGUGAAGAAAAAUCAACAGGCAUACAAUUAGCUGCUAAAAUAAUAAAAGCCAGAAAUAUAAAGGAAAAGGAUGAAGUAAAGAAUGAGAUCAAUGUAAUGAAUCAGUUGGAUCAUGUGAACCUCAUUCAGCUGUAUGAUGCUUUUGAAUCAAAAAAUGACAUUGUCCUUGUCAUGGAAUAUGUGCAGGGAGGAGAGUUGUUUGAUCGAAUUAUCGAUGAGAACUGCAACUUGACAGAGAUAGACACCAUUUUGUUCACAAAGCAAAUUUGUGAAGGCAUUCAGUAUAUGCAUCAAAUGUACAUUCUUCACUUAGACCUGAAGCCUGAGAAUAUUCUGUGUGUGAACCGAGAGGCAAAUCAAAUAAAGAUUAUUGACUUUGGGCUGGCAAGAAGAUAUAAACCAAGGGAGAAGCUGAGGGUCAAUUUUGGCACUCCAGAAUUCCUUGCUCCUGAAGUUGUGAACUAUGACUUUGUCUCCUUUCCUACAGACAUGUGGAGUGUAGGCGUCAUUGCCUACAUGCUGCUUAGUGGAUUAUCUCCUUUUUUGGGUGAAGAUGACAAUGAGACUUUGAACAAUAUCCUUGCUUGCAGAUGGGACUUUGACGAUGAAGAAUUUGCAAAAGUAUCUGAAGACGCCAAGGACUUUAUCUCUAAGCUUCUUAUCAAAGAAAAGGGUUGGAGGAUAAGCGCAACUGCAGCAUUAAAGCAUCCCUGGCUAUCUGACCAAAAACUCCAUAGUAGACUUCUCGCUCAGAAGAAGGCUAAAAUUUCCUCCACAUCUCAGGCACUCGAAGCUCCAUAACACUGAGAAAUGGAAG